UACCCUUCGUCCACAACCAUGAGCUCUGGUCUUGGUGUCCCCGUCAAGCUUCUGCAUGAAUCUCUCGGUCAUGUUAUCACUGUAGAGCUCAAGACUGGCCAGCUUUAUCGAGGAAAACUGGCUGAAGCUGAAGACAAUCUGAACAUCUCACUGAAGGAGAUUACUGUUACCGGGAGAGAUGGUCGUAUCUCUCAACUUGAUCAAGUAUACAUUCGUGGGAGUAUGGUCCGAUUCUUCAUUGUCCCAGACAUGUUGCAGAAUGCGCCCAUGUUUAAACGGGUAGGACCAAAUGCGAUGAGAGGAAGAGGUAUUGGCACAGCUCGUGGUCGUGCUACUAUCAUGCGAGCAAACGCUCGUCGUGGACGUGGAGUUCCUGCUGCAAGAGGGAUCAGGCGUUGAGGCUAUAUCCUCUUCCAGUCACCGUUUCCUGUUCCUUCUUGCCAAAAUGUUCGCGCUCCGUGCGUAUGUACACUGUUCGUAAUGCCGUUCUCGUAUAGCUAGUGCAAUAUCUCUGUCUGUAUCGUAUAUAAGAGGCCUAAGAUGGGUCACUCACCUUGCCAGUUAGUGAUAUCUCACAUAAGCUUCGUUUGUUGAAAUCCAAGGCUCUUGCCAAACAAACCGAUUAGGCAGUCGGUCC